UAGGAUAUGAUAGUAUUCCAUACAAACAUCUGAAGUAUGAAAUCGCUAUCCGUAAAAGUUCCUUAGAUAAACUAUUUUGGUUUUAUCCCUUCAGUAUUUACUCUUUUGCAGCGAAAUUUCUGAGUGUGCCUUGAAUGGAGAAGAGGUAUUUUUGAAUUUUGGAACAUUGAGUUUGAUGAUAGACGCUUGCAGAAAUAAAGAUCUAGACAAUAGCGACAUCGGUUAGCGGCAUCGGCAGCGGCAUAGCGACAUCGGUUUGUUCAGUUUAAUGCAUUCCUUGUUUUGUUCGGUAUAACACGUUUUUAACACAAAUUUCGAAUGCUGGUUAUCAGUGUUAUCUUUAAUUUUCGGUAAGAUAAAGAAUGUUAAUAAGCGGCAAAAACAGUUAAUGGCCCCCAACAUAAUUAUUCGCGCGAGGACUAGUUGAGUGAUAAACUGAAAUCUCAUUGGCUAUUAUUAAGUUUAUUUCUUCUUUGAUGCGUUUAUUAAAUGUAAACACAGAAGUGCAUUUCCUAACUAUGACAUACCCAGGGAAAUUUUACAAACUGAGCUGACGCUAUUUAACUGCAAAAAGGGAAAGAGUUAAGUACGCAAUAUCGUUGAAACGUGACACCGCUUGAUGUAAUUAUUCAGUUUUGCCGCUGUUUGCUAAAAUAUAAAAUACAAACGUCAUUCACCGUACAUACCUUGAACGUAAAUAACAACACAAUUCAGCGAAGCACAAGAAAACGUCUGUAUUGAAAAGUCGGUAAACAUUUUGUCCGGACCUGCAAUGACGUACCUACACAGUUGGAGAUUCGCGUGACAUCAAAAAGGAAGCGAUAAAACUUUGAAAAAAAGAUUGACGUAUUGAGUUCGAACAGGACAGCACCAGAGUAGCACUCUCUCUGCAAAAUGGAUUUUGCUUUAACAAGAUGGAUCGUCACAUUCACAUAUUUUGCCGCACAAGGUGUUAUCCGUCUUCUUGACGCUGUAAGCUUGCCGCCCGACAACUUCACAACGCAAGGAAGGCCUUUGUACAUAGGAUCAAUGGCGCCAAUGACUGGAAGGAGAUCUUGGUGGGGAGCUGGCAUUCCACUAGCCAUUGAGAUGGCUUUUGAAGACAUCAACAAAAGAAGUGAUAUCCUGAAGGAGUACAAGUUGAGCCUGAUCCAACGUGACACGCAGGGUAAUACUGGUCUCGGAAACAAAGUAUUCUACGAUUUCUUGCUGGAGAAGCAAGUCCGUCUCAUACUCGGUCCCUCCCGGUCAAACGUUGCCGAGUCGGCUGGAGCUACUGCAAAGUACUACAAUAUGGUUCAGGUCUUUGACACAGUUUUACUUGAAAACAUUUUUAAAUGCACAAGUCCAUUACACAUUAGGUUGGCUAAUACCAUGCCAUGACACCAAUACCAUGACAAUAUCAUACCAUGACAUUGAAAUAAAGUGAUUCACUUUUCUAUUUUAUUUAAGUUUAAUGAUAAAAAAUACUUUCUUCUAAGUAACAUGCAUAAGGACUAACUAGAGUGCAAGAGCUA